AUGGUUACUGUAGACAAAUUGAAGAGCCUCUCAAAUGGAAUAGACCUUGAACAUGUUAUACAAGAGUUGGUGGAGCAGGACAUUGACAUGGACAUGUCGUUUGUCAUCCUACAGCGCAUCGUAGCGGUAUAUCCAUCUCUAAGCCAAUCGGGUAAGGCUCUACUAAGAAGGAUAUGCGCUAAAUCUUUGCUAUUUAUGUCUCAACUGAUUGAAUUUAUUAGAGUUCUUGGAGAGAAACCUGAAGCUAGAAUAUACAAGGAAUAUCUUAUAGCGACGCUGAGUAAUGAACAUAAUGCUUACAGUUGUCAUAGAUGCUCACUUUGGAAGUCUGAAAUUGCUGAAGUUGACAGGCUAUAUUUUGGUAGCAAGAUAUUUAAUGUCAUUGGUGAGCAGGUAAGCGCGGAUGAAUAUCUACGGAUACUUGCUGCUCAAUUGGAGUAUUGGUUUGACAACUAUGAUAAUUGGAAUGAUGUUACAAUUGCUGGCACACUUGUAAAAAUAUUCCAGUUCCACAGUAUUCGCUCCUUGGAUAUUAUAAUUGGGGAUCUAAUACUUAAAAACGAGGCCAAUUGGAGGGUUUUUGUUGCGAUAUGCAAUGCUCAUGUAGGAAUACAACAAAAACGGGUAGUCAACCGUUUUCUUUUGGGCUAUAUGGAUACAUUAGCAAGCGCUGACAACCUGCAAACUGUUUACAAUAUGUUGCGAGCAUUCAACUACAGACUUUUUGAUUUUUUCGAGCUUCACAAGCUGAAGUCUAUCUUUCUCAAGUACGCUCUGUCUGCUUCGUUGCCAAUCGAAGCUAAAAAACAGCUGCUAGAGGUAAUUUUAGGCAAAUUUGGAACCCCAAAUAUGAACUAUGAUAGAGAAGUAUGCGAGUUAAUAGUGAUGUUGGUAAAAUAUAUGCCCGCUUAUGAAUUGGCAAGCUUUGCGCAUGAUUCUAAGUUUUUGAAUACGGUUACUAUGCGUUUGUCAUCAGAGGUUAGUGAGGUACGUGAAGCGACCAUGUUUAUUGCAAAGCUGUUCCUGGGUGAUGAUUUAAAAUACGAAAGUAGCUACACAAUAAAUGUACCAGAUCAGAAGCUUGAAGCUAACAGUGUGAUCGAUUUUCAAAAGCUGCAAACUAACAGUAUAACUCAAGAAGUUGAGCCAAAGAAACUGAUCUUGAGGGAUAUUUCAAAGUUAUCCGUACAGGAAGUGGACGCGGAUGACGAUUCCGAUGAUGAAUUCAGGGAAAUUGUGUUCCUUAAGGAACUGGUUAAUGAAUUCGAAAAUAUCGAUACUAGUAAAUAUAAUCAUUUGCAACUUUUGCAAAAAACGGUGACAUUGGUACGUCAAAAAAAGGACUUUGUGAGUGAGGUCAGAUUUUACUUUAAGCCGCUUCUGAAUAGCAUUGCUAUUCUUACAAAUCCAAUGGAAGUAGAGGGCUUCGAAGAAUGGAGAAUUAAUGCCCUUGUUAGUUUAAUAGUGGUAGUUCCCGAAGAAAUAAUCAAAGUAUUUGAAACUCUAUUUCAAGGAGAUCUCUCGCUUCAGCAGAGAUUGUCCAUUUUAUCAGCAUUGUCAUUGGCAUCUAGAGAAUUACGAGGCAUCGAUGAUUCCUACGUAAAAAAACCCAAAUUUGAUUUCCCAACUAAAAGGCUUCCUUGGGAUGCUGCUCCUAAACAAAAGGCAAUAAUGGAAAGCUCUGCAGAAAACAAUGAGCUUCAUAUAUCUGAUGGACAACUAAUCUGGAGGUCUCGUAAGUUGGAUAGUGGAUCUCAAUCGAACAAUCGGCAAAAUAACUUCCGAAAACAUGCUACCAAAUUUUUUUAUCCACUAGCACAAGGAUGGCUAAAUGGUAUUGAUCUGGGCACAUUUGACGCUUUAUUUAAGAAGCACUACUUAAGAACCUUGAGGAUUAUCUUUUCAGCCGCUUACCCACACCAUGAACAUGAUUCGAUGGCUCUUACAAUGGAGAAGAUUCUAAUGGAUGCAGAAAAACAAGGGAUUCCGAUUGAGAGCGUUGAAUCAUAUUGA